AUGGGACAACAGCUAACUACCCCUUUGAGUCUGACCCUAGAUCACUGGAAGAAAGUCAAGAAUCGAGCACACCAUCAAUCUGUGGAAGUCAAGAAACACCAGUGGAUAACCUUCUGCUCCUCCGAGUGGCCAACGUUUAAUGUUGGUUGGCCCCGGGAUGGAACUUUUGACUCUGAUGUUAUUUUGCAGGUUAAAGCUAGGAUUUUCUCUCCUGGACCGAUGGGACACCCGGACCAAGUGGCCUAUAUAGUCACUUGGGAAAACCUCUCCCUCGAACCACCACCGUGGGUGACUCCUUUUCUCAGUCCUACACGAAGAGUCCCCCUCCCUUCUGCCCCUAAUUCGGACCCUUCGACCACCUCCUUGUGUCCUGUUGUGGUAAAACAAAAGCCUGUUCUACCCCCUGAUGAGAGUGUUCCUGCUGAUCUGCUGAGUGAGAAUCCCCCUCCUUACCAUGCUCCCCCGCAGGCCGCUGCGGCUGUUCCAGACGAAGCCCCAGCAGAAGGACCGGAGGUUGCUCCCUCCCCCAUUGCGGGGCGACUCAGAGAAAGAAGAGGACAGGGAGAUUCCUCACACAUCCUGCCCCUCCCACUCGCAGGAGUGGAAGGAAAUCAGUUUCAGUAUUGGCCCUUUUCUGCUUCAGACUUGUACAACUGGAAAACUCAUAACCCGUCCUUUUCCCAAGACCCGCAGGCCCUAACAGCCCUGAUAGAAUCUAUCCUCCUUACCCACCAACCCACGUGGGACGAUUGCCAACAGCUCCUGCAGGUCCUCCUAACUACGGAGGAAAAGCAGAGAGUCAUUCUGGAAGCCCGAAAGCAUGUCCCGGGGGCAGACGGGAGACCAACCCAAUUGCCAAACGAGAUCGAGGCUGCCUUUCCCCUCACCAGACCUGCUUGGGAUUUCAACACGGCUGAAGGUAGGGAACACCUACGUCUUUAUCGCCAGGUGCUUGUAGCGGGCCUCCAAGGGGCAGGAAGACGCCCCACCAAUUUGGCCAAGGUAAGAUCAGUAAUGCAGGGAACCGACGAGCCGCCCACUGUGUUUCUAGAAAGACUUAAAGAGGCAUAUCGGAGGUACACUCCCUUUGACCCAGAUAGCCCCAAUCAGGAAGUAAGUGUUUCUAUGUCUUUCAUAUGGCAAUCAGCUCCUGAUAUUAGGAGUAAGCUCCAGAGAAUGGAAAAUUUGCAGGGGCAAGGUCUUAGAGACCUCUUGAGGGAGGCAGAGAGAAUUUUUAACAAAAGAGAGACACCAGAAGAAAGAGAAGAAAGACAAAAAAGAGAGGCAGAAGAUAGAGAGGCAAUGAGAGAUCGAAAGCAAAAUAAGGAAUUAAGCAGAAUCCUGGCCACAGUAGUAAAAAAGGAAGAUGAGGGCAGAGUAGAGAAGAAGGGAGAUCGAGGGCGUGUCCGACUAGAGAAAGACCAGUGUGCCUAUUGCAAAAAAAGGACACACUGGGUAAAGGACUGUACCAAGAGAAAGAGAAAACAGAGGGAAGAAAAAGCUGAAAUCCUUAACCUCGAUUAGGGAGGUCGGGGCCAGGAACCCCCACCUAAGCCCAGGGUAACUCUUCAUGUUGGGGGACAGCCAGUCACCUUCAUGGUAGAUACUGGGGCGCAACAUUCCGUCCUUACCCAGACGACUGGCCCGCUUAGUAAGAAAACAAUAUGGGUAGAAGGAGCCACUGGAGCCAAACGAUACCGCUGGACUACAAGCCGGGAGGUUCAGCUUGCUUCAGGGACAGUGACUCAUACCUUCCUGCAUGUACCAGACUGUCCCUACCCCCUGCUAGGACGGGACCUACUAACCAAGCUUGGAGCACACAUCUACUUUGAAAACAAGGGAGCCAAGGUUACUGAUUCCAAAGGGACACCCAUACAAGUGCUUACUCUUAAAUUAGAAGAUGAAUAUAGACUACAUCAUGGUCCCCAUCCUGUCCAGACAGACAUAGAUCAGUGGCUGUCCAAGUACCCUGACGCUUGGGCAGAGACGGGAGGAAUGGGGCUGGCCAUACACCAGCCACCCCUAAUUAUUGACCCACGUGGGAUGAUUGCCAACAGCUAUUACAGGUCCUCCUAA